AUGCCAAUAUCUCUGCCUCGGCCUCGCUUGCCAUCUCUAGGGUCUAGGAGGCCCUUGCAGCGAAGUGUAACACCGGAUUCCUCUUCAAUCAGACCUCAUCCAGCGUAUGCGACCAAGAGCUUGCCUUUCUCUUUCGGAUCGAAGCCUCGUACUUACAAGCCGAAGAGAUGUCCACUGUCUCUAUCAUCAAGCCCUCGGUCCACGUCGACAUCUUUCUCAGCAACUGGAGUCCCAUCAUCAAACCCUGAGACCACCCACGAUGAAACACAACUGCUGGACCUUGUCGCCCCCGUGCGAACAUGCAGCGAAUCAACCAAGAGCUCAUCCAGAUCUUCUGCCCCAAGAGCCACCACAAUCGUUAUCGAACCAUCCCACAGUCUGCGAGCCAUGCAAUCCGUAGGAUCAGACACCAGCCCCACCGGCAGCAACUGCACCUGGCGCAGUUCAGAUCGCUAUCUAAACCACAGUCAACUGUCCAUCGUCGAUCCGGAAGUCUACAAGCCCACCGGAAGCCCAGCCUGGCUCGUGGAGGAACUCAACACCCGCCUUCCACCAAUGCGCAAGCCUUCACUGCAACCCAUCUACGGCCCUUCUGCCGAAGAUCUUGCGGACCUUAUUGAGCGCGAGAGAGAGUGGGACAAGGAGCAGCAGCGGCCGAAGCCGUGGCGCCCGCUCCGGCGCUUUGCGAGCUUGAAGAAGGAAUUGGCGGGUGGAAUUAAGCAGACCAUUAGUUUGGGGAAGAAGAAGGGGUUUGAACCGAGGGUGCAGCCGGUUAGGACGCUGAGUGAGAAACAGGUUGAGAGGCCGCGGGGCGUGAUGAGGUCGAAUACGAUUGGCGCAGCGUAUGUGCGGAGGUGGUCGAUUCAACGGCAGAAGAAUAGUGAGGAGGGGCGCGAGACCUGA